AUGCUCAGCGAUGAUUUCUCAAUAUCCCAGCUGGCCAUCCCUGCGGUCAGUGUGUUGAUCAGCUUCCUCGCCUACACGUCUCAGUACUUCUUUUUGCGGUUUGAGGAUGCACCGCUCCAGAAAGAUGAAGUCUGGAAAAUCAACAUCUUCGCUUUGUGCAUCUGGAUAUGCUACUAUCGAGCUUGCUAUGUAGAUCCUGGUCGGUUGCCUUCAGAUCGGAAAUCAGCAAAUCCCGACAAACAGGAGAAGGAGACUGCCUCGGGUCGGCAGCGAUGGUGCCGCAGAUUUGGCAUGUCUUAUCUUGAAUCCCUUCUCUGGAGCCGUGCAUCUAUUGUCUGGAGUAACCGAAAUCUGCCCAGUUACAUGGGUCCCUCAAUUGUGCAACUGGGACAUCUAUUCAUUUUGUUCGUUGUCAAUAGCUUGACUGUUUUCGCACUAUUUAUUCUCCUUGUGCGAAGCUUGUACUCGCUUAUCUUCAAUAUGACCACCAUUGAAUCAUGGGAGAUAGAGCGGCACGAAACACUUGUCCGACGAGCCCGGGUUCUUGGCGGCCAUCUCGACGGGCCAGGUGGGAUCAAAGUUCGAAUCAAAAAGCAUGAGUUUCCAUAUGAUAUUGGAAUUUGGACCAACAUCAAAGAGGGAAUGGGAGGAAGUGCAAACAUCUUCAGCUGGUUUUGGCCACUGGCAGCCACCCCUGACCGUCGUACUGGGUGGGAAUUCAAGACAAAUGGCUUUGAGGAUCCUGGAUCCUCCUGGCCACCACCUGAUCCAGAUCGUAUUCCUUGGCCCGUGAGCCAGGCAGACCCCGGCGACUCGUCGUUGCAAUUUUAUUCAUCUGCCCGGGAGACCGUUGAAGCAUUCAAACGGCGCCAGGCGGAAGACAUCGAUCGCCGCAGGCCAUAUGCCAACAUUCAGAGACGCCAGCGAUUCCACGACCGAUUCCAAAAGGAAAGCUAUGAAAGUGAUGAAGACCGGGGACCUGGGCCAGUCUAUGGAGAUGACUCGGAUGAAGGCGAGGAGUCCUGGCGGAAUGCCGAAGGAGAGCGUCUCCGUGACUUUGGCGUCGACGAAGACGUGGAAUUCUAUGACGAAGACGAUGUUCCAUUGGCUGUGCUUAUGGAGCGACGAAAGCAGCGCUAA